AUGUCCGGGUCCCACGCUUCCUACAACUCUUCCUCCGCUGCAUCCAUCAUGACUGAAGACGAGGAGGACUGGGAAGACUACGUCAAAGGCGGCUACCACCCCGUCAAGAUUGGUGAUGUUUUCUCAGAGGGGAGAUACGUCGUGGUCAGGAAGCUUGGCUGGGGUCAUUUCUCGACCGUAUGGCUCGCCAAAGAUCAAAAAAUGAACCGACAUGUAGCUCUCAAGGUCGUCAAAUCAGCCCCGAGGUAUACAGAAACAGCCUUGGACGAAAUAAAGCUUCUACAACGCCUUAUUACCUCCUCCACACCGCCUGUUGCUCCAUCGUCUUCGAAUCCGAAUCCCCCGCCCUCACCAUCGCACACCCAUCCUGGCCGAUCGCAUGUUAUCAGUUUCCUCGACCAUUUCCGACACAAGGGGCCUAACGGCGUGCACGUCUGCAUGGUUUUCGAAGUUCUCGGUGAGAACCUGUUGGGCUUGAUCAAGCGUCACCAAAACAAAGGGGUGCCAAUGCACCUUGUCAAGCAGAUUGCGAAGCAGGUAUUGCUGGGCCUCGACUACAUGCACCGGUGUUGCGGAGUCAUACAUACAGACCUCAAGCCCGAAAACGUCCUCAUUUGCAUCGACGACGUAGAAUCAAUUAUCCAGUCCGAACUUCUAGCGAAUCCACCGACAUCCAAUAAUUCGAACCCCCCGAAUGCAUCCCGCCUCGUCGGCGUUCCUCCAUCGAAAGGCCGCGGCGGAAAUCAGACACCUCGCUCGGAAUCGGUAUUCAUCACAGGGUCCCAGCCACUUCCCAGCCCGAGCUCAAGCUUCGGAACAAGUCCAAUAAUGCUUGACAAAUGGGCGUUUGGCAUGAGCAAAAUAGAAGGCGCGGGAGGGGACAGUAAACCGGGUAGUUUCGGUGAAGGCAGUCGUGUGGGCAGCCUCGUGGAAAUGGCAUCUCCAACAAACGCCGACUCCUCGAAGAAGCGGGCAGAUUCUACAGAUUUGGUUCAGGACGUAUCAAACGUAACUUUAGACGGUGGAGCAAGGUUCGGCGAGAGGGUGAACGUUAAGGCCCCUGCGACGACGGGCCCGUCUUUACUCUCACAGCAGGCCCCGAGCACGAGAGUAACCGCCUCCUCGUCACAACACUCUUCAAUACCAUCUUCCACUUCCACCACCACAACGUCAGGGACGUCUUCCAUAUUGGCUACCGGCUCUGAUACAACGUCACCAGUCACUUCUUCUUCUACGCGUCCCGUCGCCAUCAACCACGCCGCAGGUUCGAGUACGACCACUAAUGACACAAGUAUGUCUGGUAUACCAAGCUCUGUAAUGUCAGUCGAUAGACAAAGUACAGCGACAACCAUAGAAACUUCCUCAAACAGUAGCGUUUUGGAAGGGAACGAGAGAAUAACGGUGAAGAUCGCAGAUCUGGGGAAUGCUACGUGGGUCGAACACCACUUCACGGACGACAUACAAACACGGCAGUAUCGGUGUCCGGAGGUCAUACUAGGUGCUAAAUGGGGACCGAGUGCUGACAUAUGGAGUGUCGCGUGCGUGAUCUUCGAACUCAUUACAGGCGGUGACUAUCUCUUCGAUCCCGCUUCUGGAUCGCGAUACAGCAAAGACGACGAUCAUAUGGCGCAGAUCAUUGAGUUGAUGGGCGAAAUACCGAAGAGCAUAGCCUUCAGCGGGAAAUACUCGAGCGAAUUUUUCAACAGGAAAGGUGAACUUCGGCACAUCAACAAGCUUCGGUAUUGGCCGUUGGAUUCAGUUCUCCAUGACAAAUACCUCUUUCCGCGAAUGGAGGCCGACGCUAUCGCCUCCUUUCUAACUCCUAUGCUUCGUUUGCAUCCCGACAAGCGAGCGAAAGCGCAUGAACUUGUACAUCACAACUGGCUAGAGGCUAUUGUCGUUCAAGGGGAAAUCGAUGUUAUCCGACGGGCGGAAGAGGAAGAAGCCACGAGAAAGGCCAGAGCAGAGCAGAGUGCGCAGAGUCUCCGCGAGUCGGAUUCAUUGCGCGAGAGGGAACGCGGAGAGGCUGCUGAAGAGGCGUUGAAUGCCGGUGUUGGACGGAGUAGAGUCAAACGCUUAUCAGCGAUACAGCAAAGCGAGGAGGACGCGAUGAAGCCUGUGGGAGAAAUUGUCCAGGUUGACGAUGACACAGAAUACGAGGAUUCCGCCGUGGCAGUAGACGACGUGCAGCAUUUGGGGGGCUCCGGGGUUCCGCCGCAUCAACAUGGUGUAGGGGGCCCCUUCCAGCAUCCACACUAUGUGGGACAUCCCCACCAUCAUAAUCAUCAUGGGCCUCCUCGGCUGAACGCUGCCCCAGUACCACCUUCAGCCUCAGCCUCGGCAGCCAAAGAGAGCCCGGCGAGCUCGAAGAAGAGGCAAUCCUCUGGUGGCAAGAAGGCGCAGUAG